UCUUUUCUCUUUUUUUGGCGGGGGGUGGCACAGUGCGCCUGGGAUAGUGACCAUGAGGUAUCUCACACUGCUGGUUCUUAGCGACCCCGUUUGACGUUUGAUUUAAAUCCAGACUGGUUGAUUUUGGUUUUUUUCCUUUUCUGUGUUGAAGUAACAGAAAACUGUGCAUCCCGCUCACGCAGAUACCAGAAGGGGAGUGAAACAAAAGAGGUGGCUUGUUCUGGGAAGUGUUAUUAUUAUCAUCUCAUAGUUGAAGCUGGAGGAGAACACUGUUUUUAUUCCUUUUGGGGGGUUUCUUUUGUUGUUGUUGUUGUUGUUUUGUUUUUUUCCCGUGUCUGUGAGUACGUGUUACUUGAACUUAUAGGUGACAUAUAAUCGUUCCUAGAAUAUAUUAAUUGAAGUUUUUAAGUGGAAACAAUAAGACCCUUUCGUUUCUGUGUAGUAUUAAUACUACAGUAUUUCCUCCUGAAUCUCGUGUUAACAUUUAAAGUCCUCACAUGGAAAGUCUGUCUAACUGUGUGUAUGAUAAAUCACUUCUUAUUGCCGUGUAUGCUUGUGUAGUUUAAAUCAAUCUGCUGCAGCUGCUCUCUUCUCCUUACAUGAUGCCAGAUAUUUGUUUGUUUGUCUUUUUUGUUACAAUGAUUGUACAUGAGACAGACAAAAAAUGUAAAUACCUCCCGGUAUACAACACAUAUAACACACAUAUUGAGUAAGAAUACUGCAAAUGCAAUUCCGUAUUGACACAAGCAUCACUCAAAACUCACCUUUGUAUACAUGACUGCUAUAACAGGGUUAUUGCAUUGCACAGCAUUAUACUUUGUAGGUGUACCUAAUAAAUGGGCCAGUGAGUGCACAUAAAUAAAUAAUGACCUAUACAGCUCAACAACAGCACAAAAGGCAGCCGCCAUGAAACAGAAUCAACACCUGUCAAAGAGAAAAGAAAUGAAAAAACUUGAGGAAUGAUCAGCAUCACAUAUUCUGGGUUCUGCUGCAGAACGGUUGUAUCUGACUGCACUGGGUCUGGUGGAUAAACUGGGUCAUCACUGUUUGACCAGCUGUCAAAGGUUCUUGCUGUUUGUCUUGACACAGAACUCCAGGCGUGAUUAAUUAGCAAUCAGGUCACUGCAGUGAUUUGGAACCUUGUACUUUGUGUCAUCAUGUGGCAGCACUACAAUGCUUAAACAGCUCUCUUAGACUGUAGAAUACCUUUCAGACAACUUACACUAAUGUCACUGCAGACAGAGCCGCAGCAUAUCCAGAUUAUCUGACGAGCUGCUGCUGCUAUUGGAGAUAUUUUAAAGUGAGGGACCAAGAGUAAUAUAUGAUUAGCAUGCAGUAGCGUAGCCCUACAGGAAGACCACCCUGCUUUCUUAUUCGGAAUUUUAGACGUCUCUCUUCCCUAAUGUCAAGAGUUGUAAUGUGCUUGCCUCUGCUUAAUUGCUAUUCUGCACAUGAAGCGGUGUGGAGCCAAACAGCAACCCCCCCCCCUCACCCUAGAUAGGACCUCGUUUGUUUAACUCCGAGGGUGGGGAAUCUGUCUUCCGUGGACAUAUCCGUACGGACAAGUUGACUUCUUACGGCUGCAGAGAUGUUUAAUUUUUCAUUGGCUACUGUCUGCCAGACAAUGAUGACUGAAAUGUCUCAUGGCUGUAAUUGUAUAGUACCCUCAGUUCUGGCCUGACUUGAUACGGGCAGAUGGCAAAGAUCAGCUGAAAUAAGAAAUUCAUGAGAAAAAAAAAAAGAAGCAGAUUCUGUUAAAGUUUCAUUAAUUCCUGCCUGUAUGCCAGACUGUACAGAUAACCACAGUAUAGGCUAGGUGUCAGAGUGCAAUUUGACACACGCCUGACAUCCAUUACUUGGAGUCAGCAGAUGCUGUCACUUCCAUGGCAACAAAGAAACAUAAUUUAUGAGGAUUCAGUGGCUCCUAGCACAGACAACCACUGCACACCCAAGUAUUACAGAAGUGCAAUAUAGACGGACGAUAAGCAAUCAUUAUCGGAGCAUUUCAUUUCAUUUCUGGACACAUACGCUUUCACACACAGUUUCAUUGCUGCUUGAGUAAUACCUGCACUUUCAACUCGACUGCUAUAAACAAUAUUUACAAUUCAGAUUCGCCCAUCCAGAACAACAGGAGGGGGGGCAGUAAUGCAGCCGCUUAAAAGAAAACAGUCGCAUAGAAAAAGAAAAUCCAUUCAAGUUAAUGCUUCUGUCGAAUCCAGGGAAAUAUAAAAAUGGAAGGGAUUGGUCUGCUUUGCAAUACAGGAUGAUCUGUCUUCCCAGCAUUCGCCUUCAAACUUGUCUGAUCUCAUUCAUCCUUAAACCUUCAAACGUGAGUGGUGUUUGUCAGUGUGACAUGUAGUACCGGGCGCAGCAGGAAAACAAGAGGUUUAAAGCCCGACUGAUGAAAACGGACCAAAAUGUAUAUAAAUAUUAAAAUAAAUCAAUCAGUCAAACUGCUUAUUUUAAUCUGGGGCAAAUUCAGCAGCCUGUCAGAUGAGACUACUGUGAGAGAAACGGCUGUGACUGAUCGCAUCCACCAACCUUGACAAUUAGAAUGGACAUUGUGCGACACAGAGAGGCUGGAGGAAAAUGUCUGUGAAAAAGGAAAAAGUUGUGAGAGAGCACAUGCGUAUGUGUGACGUUGUGUUCGAAAAGGUGACACAGCCUGCUGCCAGCAUGUUCUCUAAGUGAGUAAUUGAGUCAUGCAUACGCAAACACACAAUUGGCUCAUUUACGUUUAUUGUUCUCUCAAAAUUUGCACUUAACUAUAAUUUCUUCAGGCAGGAAGACUGACACCAUGCUCGCAGCUGUAAAGAUCAAGUUAGAGCCAAAGUUAGUUUGGCUUAUCAUAAAGACUGGAUACAAGAAACAGCUCGCUCAAAGUACCCACUCAGUUUCGGCCGCUCAGCACAUUUAGGCAUGCAGACAUGAUCAAGACGAUCUGCUGAAGUUCAAGCCAAGCAUCAGAGUGGGGAAGAGGGGUGAUUUAAGUGACCAUUAUAGUUGUGUUGUGAAAGCCACGGGGGCUGGUCUGAGUAUUUUAGAAACUGCUGGGAUUUUCCUGCACAACCAUCUCUGGGGUUUACACAGAACGGUCGAACAAAGAGAAAAUAUCCAGUGAGUAGCAAUUUGCUGGACCAAAAUGUCUUGUUGAUACCGGAGGUCAGAGGAGAAUGGCCAGACUGCUUGGAGCGGACAGGAAGGCAACAGCGACUCAAAUAACCACCUGUAACAACUAAGGUGGCAGAAGAGCAUCUCUGAAGCCACAACUUGAAGCAGAUGGGCUAGAGCAGUAGAGGAUCACUCCAGGUGCCACUCCUGUGAGCUGACAACAGGAAACUGAGGCUACUAUUCGCAUGGGGCCACUGAAAGUAAACAACAGAAGAUUGGAAAAAUGUUGCUAGAUCUGAUGAGUCUGUUUCUCAUCCAGAUGGUAGGGUCAGAACUGGGCAUAAACAAAGUGAAAGCAUGGAUCGAUCCUCCUUAUGUUAAUGAUUCAGGCUGCUGCUGCAAUACUGUUGAGCAUAUUUUCUUGGCACACUUUGAACAUUAUUUAAACACCGUAACCUACCCGAGUAUUGACCACAGUGUACCCAUCUCCUGAUGGCUGCUUCCAGCAGGAUAACACAUUGUGCCAUAAAGCUCAGAUCAUCUUAUACCGAAUGGUUUCUUGAACAUGACAAUGAGGUCAGAUGGUCUCUACAAUCCCCAGAUGUGGUGGAAGAAGAGAUUUGCAUAAUGGAUAUGCAGCUGACAAAUCUGCAGCAACUGUGUGAUGCUAUCACAUCAAUGUGGACCAAAAUCUCUGGGGAAUGUUGAAUCUGUGCCACAAAUGAUAAAGGCGGCUGUGAUGCAGUUGCUGCACUUGUCUAAUCAUUGUAGCUUAAACCAAAGCAGGUGCCGACUCCUAACCUAAAAGGUAGUCAACUCAAAGUGAAAACAAAGCUCAGCUGUUAGUGAAAAAAGAACACGAAACAUGGCGUUCAGGUUAACAGUGUGGUGAUUUUUGUCACUGACAGCCCACCUGAUUUUUUAAAAAACAAGUAUUAAGGCCGUCCAGAUAACGUUCAUCUGCUUACACACACAUAUAAUGUUGGUUAUUACAAAGUGCUGUAAUUUUGGAGCUUGUUAGAAAAUGUGUAAGAGAUUUAAACAUGAUGUUUACUGUUUGUGCAGCACUACAAGCAAGUGUCUCCACAUGAAUCUGAAGAAACUGAAAACAAUGGGCCAAAUAUUUGCUAACUGAAACUGUCUGCAUUGUAUUUGUAGUCUGAGUCUGACUUAACCAAUCAUGUUUGAGCAGGUAAUCCAUCACCAAUCCAUCAAAUAGCAAGCAUAGACCUGGAUAUACUGAUAUCCUGGCUAAAGCAGAAGAUCUGGAAAUUUGGCCCCUCCUCCCAGAGGCUAGUUAGUGAGGUUCCCAGACUGAUGUAUGUGUGUCUUUGCCUCUUAUUAUAAUCAUGUAGUCUGUUAGUAAGUGGGCAGCAGUUUCAUGCUCUAUAUUCUUUUAUAAAAGGUUCUUGGUUAGUGAAAAUGAAAUGCUUUUGCUUUGCAUUAAAUCCAUCUGGAUAUCCAUCCAUGGCCAGUAUACAGUGUUUAGUGGACUGUGUAUGGCACCUUCAUGCCGGUGCAAAUACAAUGGCUGAUUUAUUACUUUAUCUGGUUUCUUGUGAAUUGUUCACUGUGUGUACUUUGUCAGUUAGGGUCACACUCGACACCUGUUGUCUGAGUACAAUUUAAUUGUCAAAAAUAGAUAAACAGAAGCAAAAGCACGUCCUAGAAAAAAGGUUUAAAAAUGCAUUUUAAAAAACUAUGAAUUUAAACUUGUUACAUUUUUGGCCACAUUAGUUUGCUCUAUUCAUAUAUAAUAAGAUAUACAUGUGAUAUAGAAGCAGCCUUAUUUUUAUGUCAGACAUUUUCUGACACACUGCUUUUGCAGUGUUGCUUGUAUUUCAUCAUACUAACCAGAUUUGGGGUAGAAAAAAACGAAAAAGAAGGCAUGGAGCAACAGAAAACAAGUCGCAAGGCUAAAACGGGUUGAAAAUCUUCUCCUGAGCUGUGAGCAAUCAUGACGUGAUGUUUCAGCCACCCUUCCCGGACCACGAGGGCAUAAAAAUAAAUCUUAUGUAGAAAAUGGAAUAUUGAUUAUGCAGCGCCGCAGUCGCCGCUGUGCUUUUAGUUCUCAAUUAUCAGUCGCAAAUCAAACUGACUUGCAAGGAUUCCAGCACACAGACUUGUUGAGCCUGCGGGAGACACCGUACGCUGAUAUUUCUAAAUUGCUCCGCUCGUGGUUGCAGUUUUAGCCGGAGCAGCAGCCUGUAUAAAGCGUCGCAUGAACCUCAAAACAAAAUCAGAGUUUGUGGGUUUAUUCGAGGCUCCGUGCAGUUUAUGUCAAUACCUUCAGAGUCUUUCUGCUUGCCAGCUUACAUUAGCAACAACAGCCUCCACGUCACAGACAGACGUGUCACAGCAGUUUAUCAUGUGAACUCUUAAAAAGCAAAGAUUUAUCGAGUUUGUCUUAGUACGCGGAGAGGGAGUGAAGGUUUUAGAGUAAAUGCUCCUCUGGGAGCAGUGGCGGAGUGCUGCUGCUGCUCAGAGGGUGAUUUGGCUCGAGGCAACCUGACAGUGAGCUAGACACACACAGACAGACACACACACAGACACACACACACAAGUAACCCAGCAAUAAGCAACAUGCAGUCAUUUACUCUGUUUCUCCUCAACACAGACAUUCACAAAUGCCAGCUCCCCUCCCCACUGCUUUCACGGUGAAAAUCAAUGGUUGCUGAGCCCAACUGGACAGAGUAAUAGUGGAAAAAUAAAGAAAUCAAUGCAGACUUAUUAACUGAGCAGAGCUUCCUUUACCGCUGACACAAAAAUAUGUGAGUGUUUGACUUGUCUGUGUCUGUGAAUGAUGAUAGCUGCUGCUGGUUGUAGACAGGAUGUGCGAGCGCAUAAGCAUAUGAGCGUCUUCCUCUAUGUGUGUGUGCAUCUGCCAGUCAAGAGUGUGUGUCCCUGAACGUUGGUGGCUGGUGCUUGUGUAUGAGUGUUGUAUUGUAGGCGUGCUUUGCAUGUUCAUGAGCGCUCCUGUGUGUGUGUGUGUGCAUUAUGGUGUGCGCCAACAAGACUAUCUCUCAAAGUCAGUGUGUUACUCUUGGGUUAGUGCCACAGUGCACUGCCGGAGCCUUGGCCCUCAGUUUAUUUGUGGACAAAAGGAUGCUCGGAGACAAAUGAUUUAGCACCUGUCAGUCAGAGCUGAAGGACGGGCGGUGAGAAAAGAGAGAGGUCAGAGACUAUGGAAAGGGAAAAUGAUGGCGGCUUUUCAAGGAAACUGCGAUAGAAGCAAGGAGAGAAAGAGGGGAGGAAAAGUUGAAGCUGGAAAAAGAGAAAGAGAUUCAGACCCCAAAAAAAAGAGAGCGAGAGAGAGAAUUUACGAUUUAGCUCUGGGUCAUCACAUAGCUCAAGUGCCUGUGAGCAAUUUUCCCCUGGAAAUGACAGCUUCUAUUUCUGCAGAGUUGUUUGCCUAACAGCAGCUCACAGGAACUGUGGCUGGCCUUCAGGCCCUGCGAGCAGAACCUUCCCUGAUCGCGAGAGUUACCAUAACAACGGAUGAGGCCGACCUGCACCGAUGGCAGCGCGGGGAUGUGAACUUUGAUUCCCGCCUCCAGCACUCUGGCUAGUCUGCUGCACCUCUGACAUAUCAACACCUACCCUUCUUGGCAAAAACAAGAGAAAAUCCUAAGAGCGCUGCGCAGCGAGCUGUCAGUGCUGUGUUUGGUCAGCCAGAAUGUAACUAUUCACCAGUGGAUGAUGAUUUUGUUUGCAGAAACAGAUCACUGUGUCAAGAGCAAAAGAGACAUUUGUAAUUCAGAAAUGCCCAAAUAAACAAGUCCAGAGCAAAAUAAUGUUUGCAGAGAUGUGCGUGGGCGCACGUUAGGGUCCGGAUGCUGCUGGUGAAUGCUGAGCAGGGCUUUGUGUGAUGCCAGGUUUAUUAGAUUUCCUUUGGCAUUUGUUGACUGACAUCUGCCCUGGCAGGUCUCUGCGGCCGCUCUCUCCCUGACGCUCGGCUCGCUCUACAAACCAACAAGCCUUAAUCAUCUUAUGUACACUUUCCCACGUGGUCAAUAAAGAUAUAUUGCUGACCUCGUUUUUUUUUAAUGCCGAACAAAACGCCUCCCUCCACGAAAACGUGGACAGCACAGAGAGAGGCUUAGCUAACAAGCAUCUGAUUGUGCAGAUUACCGCGUGUUCCGCGAGGGAUUACCGAGACAGAAAUGAACAAAUUGACCUCUUACCACCAAAAUCCCACAUCAGCAAAACAAAAGAUAAGAGUCAAGCACAGCGAGUCUCUGCUGAAUCUAGAAAAAGUGGAGUAUACACUGUACUGCAAAACAAGUGUCAGCAGCAUUAUUUAAAGAAGCCUGCCCCCGCCCGUUGUGUUAUUUUUGUCAUUGAGUCCUUUCAGUUUGCAGAACCUGAUGACUCCAUGGGUACCCUUUGUGUGUGGGUCUCACUGGGCCAUCCAGACUCUGUAUACGUGCGGUUUAAAAAAAAACACUGAGCAGCCCUGGAAGCAAGGAGAGAAAUGCACGAGCUGUUUUCUGGCAGUGCGUCGUUUGCAUUGAUGUUGGGCUCAUGUUCUAACAACAAAUAUCAGACUGUGCACCCUGUUCUGAGUGUAUUCUUAGCCGAGGGCAGGCGUCUUCCUCUCCGGUUCCCCUUCUGACACUUUUCAAGUUAAGUCAAAGCUAUUUAGAAGUCAUCUCACUGUGAGAAGUAACAAAGGCUCAAUGACAGACCAAGGCCUAAUUCAGAAUUCAAUUUUUGUGCUUUCUCUUCCCAACAAUAGAAAUACCUAAUUUCUCUGCAUGCUUGUUUGGCGAGCUCCAGAGAGGAAAUGGCAUGCUUUUGUUAAUAAGUGUCUUUUUGGUGAGAGGAGACGAUUGAAAAGCUUAUGUAGGUCACAUGUAUUAAUCAAGCUGGCUACCCUUGCAAAUGCGCUCUAAAUGAAACACACAAUGUUAAAAAAAAAAAAAAAUCCAGUUUUAUUUCAUAUUUGCUUAAUACUGCAGCGUGACCGCACUGAGAAUUACUUCUCAGCCACUGAAACAGCGAUCCCAGUACUUUUACGCUUAGGCAUUUAUUUACUGGUCUGGAUUAUAACGCUGCAUACGGGGUGGACAGGCUUGAUAUCGGUCCAAGAGAAGAGUUCAAACACCCGGCAAAUGAAAUAUUUAUCAGUCACAGUUUAUUUCAGGCACAGGACCCUUUCAUCAUUUAGCUUUAAUGAGAGCUGUGUGCAUUCUGAUGAUUAAUAAACUAAACGAUCUUCAGAUCGUUCCGAGCAAGAUGCAAAUGCUAUCAAUUAUCUGUCCGGGAGACUCUUUAAGUAAACUAGGAUUUUUCACAAGUCAGACAAGCUUAACGGGGUCCGGGGUACGAGCGAAUGUUUUCUAACAAUGUGAAACUUUAGAUUGGAUCAAUGAGACGUCUGCUUCUCUGCUGGAAGAAGCUGCUCCAGGACGAGGCAGGUGGCACAGUAAAGCGCGGUAAAUCAACCUGCUGUCACGGGGACAGAAUGACAGGCUCAGUGUGACAUUUCAGUGCAUAUUAUAUCUCCAGCCCUCCGGUAUCCUCAUGUGAUCUGCUGCAGAUGAACUAUUUUGAACAUUGCCAAGCUGGAUAGCGUUGGCCAGCAUUGAGUUUUCAUGUGAACAACCAAGCAGAACAAUAAAUGCCUUCUGGACCGUAUAGAUGCAAAAAAAAAAAACAGAAAAGAAAAGAAAAGAAAACGGAUGGAAAAAAAGAAGUGCAUGGAUGAGUUGCUCUGCGAUGGGUUUAUAUCAAAGCAAGACGUUGCUGUAAGGUGCAGCGAGCGGCCGAUGCUGAUGGUUUUGAUCAGAUGAUUAGAGCUGGUUACCACUGGAGAGUUGCUUUGAGGAGGUAAAUGUGCUUUCUGAGAUUACAGAGUUCAAAACAGAGACCGUGACUCUUUGCUACACAUUUGUGUGUGUGUGUGAUUGUAAGACAAAGAAAGAGACUGAAAAUGAGGGAGAGUGUGUUUGUGCAUGCAUUAAGCAGACAAGAGAGAGGUCCUUGAGGCAACCUGAACAUCUUUUAUCACAUCUUUAAUUAAUUGAAGCCCAUAAUAGAAGCUGCUGCAGUCCCACAGAAUAGACACAGUUGAAUGGAUAAUAGCCGGGGAUGAAGAGAUAUGCUUGUUUUUGCUUGCUUUUUUGUCAAUCCUCCCUUGCCAUUUCACAGUUAUAUGCUUUAACAGCACAUCUGGAGCUGCUGUCAGUCUCCGCUUUGAGAAUAAAGUGCAUUAACCAAGAAGAGAGAAAUGUUUUCCCCUUUUUUCCCAUCUUCUCUUUUCAGGUUCUGCCUCUGAAGACCUACUGUAAAGCCGUCAUGGGCCUCUUGUGGUUCUCCAGGCUAAUCCUGAUCAUCCUAGUCCUCAUCCCUCAGCCGUCCCUGGGCUGUCCCUCCGGCUGUCGCUGCUACAGCCUCACAGUGGAGUGCGGAUCUCUCGGGGUCAAAGAAAUCCCACAGGGCAUCCCGUCUGUCACCGAGACCAUUUUCCUCCAGGACAACGCGAUAGUGCAGAUCCGUCUUCAGGACCUGACUCGCCUUGGCAGCCUCCAUUAUCUAUACCUGCAGAACAACAGCAUCUCAGCCCUAGAGCCCGGGGCUUUUCUCGGGCAGGGGCAGCUGCUGGAGCUGGCCCUUAAUGGCAACCUCAUCCACCUGGUUACUUCCGAUAUGUUUCGGGGUCUGGAGCACCUAAGGAUCCUGUAUCUCGCCGGCAACCAGAUCACUCGAGUCCAGGACCACACCUUCAGAGGACUACAGCGUCUGCAAGAACUCCACUUGCAAGAAAACAGCAUUGAGCUGCUAGCUGAGCAAGCCUUGUCUGGAUUGUCGUCUCUGGCCUUGCUGGACCUCAGCAGGAAUCAGCUCCGCACCCUGGGAGCCUCAUCACUCAAACCGCUUGUCAGUCUGCAGGUGCUCCGUGUUACAGAGAACCCAUGGCGUUGUGAUUGCGCUCUUGGCUGGCUGAGAACCUGGAUAAGCGAAGACGGACAGCGUCUCUUGAGUUCUGCAGAGCAGCGUCGGCUAAUGUGCUCCGAACCUCCUCGCCUCUCCCACCUCAGCCUGGUGGAGGUACCUCCAAACAGUCUGGUCUGCAUCCCUCCAGUAGUGCAGCUCGAGCCAAGCCACCUGACCGUUCGCCUAGGAGAGAGUCUUCGAGUCUCCUGCCAGGCCUCGGGAUACCCUCAGCCUCAAGUGACUUGGAAAAAAGCCUCCCAUGGUAAACCACAGUUGUCACCUCGAGGUCUGGUUCAAGAGCUGGGACCCAAUGGGGAGCUGUUUAGGCCUGGGGCUGGUGGAGUGGUGACAGCCUUACCUAGCAGUGGAGGGAUCAAGGUGGGAGGUGUUGGAGCAAUCCACGGGCCUGUACGUGGAACUGAGGAAGGUGGCGAGAGGGACAGCUUUGAUCCAGACAUGGGCAGCGGCAUGCUGUUUCUCAGCAAUGUGACCGUAGCACAUGCUGGGCGCUACGAAUGCGAGGCCUGGAACCCUGGUGGUGUGGCUAGGGUUACUUUCCACCUAGCAGUCAACAUGUCUUCUUCCUCCUAUUCAUCUCAGUUUUGGCCUCGUUUGAACACUCACUCCUAUGUUUCAUCUUCGUCCAACUCCUUUUACCAGCCUGAGGUUGUGGAUGUUAGCCAGGAGCCUCUGUAUGAGCAAGACAGCAUGGACUUUAAUGCCCUGGGCCCUGCCACACAGACUGCUAUUGCUGUUGGCAUCUCCUUGCUGGCACUCACUGCUGUUCUCCUCUUGAUUAUGAUCUACACUCGUCACCAGCAGUAUCAGAAAGACGACACUGGCUCCUAUUGCACGAGCAAGGAAGAGAGCAUCCUCUAUGUGAACGACUACUCUGAUGGACCCACCACCUUUGCGCAGCUGGAGGAGUACCGCGAUGACCAUGGCCACGAGAUGUACGUACUCAACCGAGCCAAGCCGGUCCUGGGUUCCACUUCGUCUGCUUGUCCCAUGAUGAGUGGGUUUGUCCAACAGAAGGGCAUGAAGGAGGCUCUCCUCGAUCACGAAAUUGUUCAGACUCUGACACGAUCGGGGGGAUUGGGGCUUCGCAGAAACCCAGCGGAUGGGGGAGAGGGGCCCCUAACAACAGACCCAGAAGAGCUCUUCCUCAGUCAGAGUCUCCUGUUCGGAUCACAGGUUGCCUAUGAGAUCCAUUGUUAAGGAGUCAUUAUUAUGCUCUGGCAUGAAACAAUAUGUUGAUGGACUUUUAAUUAAAGACAAUAAUGGAAAUCACCUUGGUGCAAUGAUUUGAAGCAUCAGAUUAUUAUCUGGCCUUUUAAAGAGGGGAGAUUGUCAGUUAGUAAUUUCUGGGGGAACCUGGUUCACAAGUGGCCUCUGAGAGAGCUUCUUGAUUGAUUGUAUGACACUCGUGAUGGGUUAAGAAGACUGAUGAUUGAAGGGGAAAUAACACAUGAACCACAGCUUUCUGUCUCAAAAUCAACCCUUUAAGGAUAACUCUAAGUGGCUAACCUCGUCAGAAAUGUUUAGUUACACUGAAAAGAGGCUGAAACGGUGCAGCACACAGUGUCUGCUUUAUUCUAAUUUCGUUCGUUACGCUUUACUUUUCGUGUUUCGUCUAUGUUUUGUGUAAUAUAUUACAAAGUUAAUUCUCAGAGUGAAGUACAGUUGUUUUGUGAAUCCCGCUACACAUCCCAUUAGAAUUAGGCCUAAAGCAAUCCUCUUACUGAAACUACAUUAACAUUACCCAUAUGUGCGAGUGGGUGUGGGUAGGUGGAUUUGUUUAUAGAGGUUCAUUCUGAAUGCAGAAUCUAGUCUUUUUUUAUGUUUGUAUCAUAGCAUUGUUUUUCUUGAUGUUAACAUGUUGUGUUGUUUUAUACCUGCUGACUGCAACACUAGAACAAGAUAUUAGCAUUUCUAAUGUGUGAAGUCGACUCUCUGAAAGAACUCAAGCUUCAUUAACGUCAGUCUGUAAUUACCAUUAUGAUGUUAAUAAUGUACAUUUUGUCUUUGGUUUCUACAUAAUAAAAUGUAUUUUAAAAGA